ACUAUCUCUGGGCAAAAUUCGCAGUUCUCUUUUUGUUUAAACGACUGAAUUUGCUUUCCCAAAAAUUUCAUCUUCAGCUAAAUCAGAACAUCAACCCAAAAAGGAGAAACACUUUGUGAAAUCUUGAAAGUUCAAGUUCAUCCCAUCCCCUUCGUGAGUUCAGAAUUGAACUGCGGUGGCAUUGUGGGUUUCAAACAGUCACCGGAACUGCCGGUGGAGCAAUUCCCUUUUGGCAGCGUGCUGAAACUGAGUUGGGUCAUCCCCAUUUACUUCAACUUCAAGAUUUGAGACGAAUUACAUGGAUUCACCCGCUGCAAUUUCUUUAUGCCCAUCAACUCCUGCUUGGAAUCUCGAUCGUCCUUUUCUUUCUGGCCAAUUUUAUCAGGAAACAAAGAUUACGCCUGGAACUACUGAAUACAAGGGGGUUUCUGCGGACUCAAGUUCCGGAGCAGAUAAAGCUAUAGGUUGUUACCAUGCCACCAUUCAGGAAUUGUUUGUUAUUGAUGAUCUUCUAUCUACCCUGAUUGGAAUUGAAGGACGCUAUAUUUCUAUCAAGAAAGUCCGAGGGAAGGAGGAUGACAUAACCUUUCAGGUUGAUGCAUCUAUGGAUUUAGCUCUUCAGGAGUUUGCAAAAAGGCUGUUCCCCUUAUGCGAAAGUUAUAUCUUGAUUAACCAGUUUGUGGAGACAAGGUCACAGUUCAAAACGGGUCUAGUCAAUCAUGCCUUUGCUGCAGCUCUAAGGGCACUCCUCCUUGACUACCAAGCAAUGGUGGCACAGCUUGAACAUCAAUUUCGCUUAGGAAAACUUUCCAUACAAGGAUUAUGGUUUUACUGCCAGCCAAUGAUGGGUUCAAUGCAAGCACUGUCUAUGGUGGUGAAAAAGGCUGCAGCCAAUAACUGUGUUGGUUCUGCAGUCCUUAACCUCUUGCAAAGCCAGGCAAAGGCAAUGGCUGGUGAUCACGUAGUGAGGUCUUUGCUGGAAAAGAUGUCACAAUCAGCAAGCACUGCGUAUCUUGGAAUAUUAGAGAGGUGGGUGUAUGAAGGAGUGAUUGAUGAUCCUUAUGGUGAAUUCUUUAUUGCUGAGAACAAGUCUCUUCAGAAGGAGAGUCUUACUCAAGAUUAUGAUGCCAAGUACUGGCAACAACGUUACAGCCUGAAAGAUGAAAUUCCUAGCUUCCUUGCAAAUGCAGCGGAAACAAUUUUGAUCACUGGAAAAUAUUUAAAUGUCAUGAGAGAGUGUGGACAUAGCAUUCAGAUCCCUGUGGCAGAAAAGUCAAAGUUGACAAGUGCAGGCUCAAAUCAUCACUAUUUGGAGUGCAUCAAGUCUGCUUAUGAUUUUGCCAGUGGCGAACUAUUAAAUCUUGUUAAAAACAAGUAUGAUCUCAUGGGUAAACUGCAAUCUAUUAAGCACUAUCUUCUUCUUGAUCAGGGUGAUUUCUUAGUGCACUUCAUGGAUACAGCUAGAGAGGAGCUCAUGAAGAAGCCUGAUGAGAUCUCUGUGGAGAAGCUACAGUCUCUUCUAGACCUUGCUUUGCGAUCUACUGCAGCUGGUGCAGAUCCUUGCCAUGAGGACUUAUUAUGUUGUGUGGAGAGGACUACUUUAUUGAAAAGAUUGAGUACAUUGAAAGAUCUUGAAAUCAGCCGGUCUGCUCCAGAUAGCAAUGAUUUAGAGGAGCCACUGAGCAUUACUGGCUUGGAAACUUUUUCUUUGAAUUACAAGGUUAGAUGGCCCUUAUCUCUUGUAAUAUCACGGAAAGCCUUGACAAAAUAUCAGUUGAUUUUCAGAUUUCUAUUUCACUGUAAGCAUGUUGAUAGGCAACUCUCUGGGGCAUGGCAAGUACAUCAGGGUCUCCGCAAGCUUGACAUGCAAGGAACUACAGUUUCUGUAUCAUCUUUGUUAUGUCGCAAUAUGCUGAAGUUCAUAAAUAGUCUCCUACACUAUUUGACAUUUGAGGUGCUUGAACCUAACUGGCAUGUAAUGCUCAGUAGACUUCAAACAGCGAAAAGCAUUGACGAGGUUAUCCAAUACCAUGACUUUUUUCUUGAUAAGUGCUUGAGGGAAUGUGUGCUUCUAUCACCUGCCCUUCUUAAGAAAGUGGAGAGGUUGAAAUUGAUAUGUCUGCAAUAUGCAGCUGCAAUGCAACGGCUGAUUACCUCCUCGUUGGAUCCUAAUGACAAUGACACAUUGUCUAAUGAUUCUCCCAGUAUAGAAAAAUAUAAGAACUUGAAACUAAGGACCCCAUAUCAGAUGCUGAGGCUAGCUCCUGAAAACGUCACAGUAUUAGAAUCCGUUCUGAAAUUUGAGAAGGAAUUUUCCUUUGAGCUUCAUAGCCUGGGACCGAUACUAAGCAGUGGCUCUCGAGCUGAACCAUACUUGACUCAUCUUGCACAGUGGAUCCUUGGUGUGGGAAAAGACCAGUAAGCUGAUUGUAUUUAUUGCCUACAAACUUAGUUUUAAAAUUGCAGUUUUAGUAAUCUUAUGUCUGUUCGAUUUCUUUUUCUUCUUAAAAACUCGGUUGAGCUUGUAGAGUGUGGUCAUUGUGAAAUCAAAUCAAGCUUUUCUUUUU